GAACAAAAGUCUAGGAACAUGGAACAUGUGCAGGAACAUGCAUCCGGUCCGUGAGAUUUUCCCCGUGCCCUCUCGCCUUAAUCUCACGUCUGUCAAACGGUCGUGAAUUUUCGAAAGAUGUGAGGCUUUGGAAAGUGGGCACGCAAAGAAAAUCGCGUCACGACAUUCGCAUGAUGCCCUCACGUUUAAAAUCUUUUACGGCCGCCGAUGCUUCGAUUUAUUUGCGGUAACAACGAGGAAGCAUUUGACCGUAAAGGGAGCGAAGUGAUCUUGGACGGUGCGUACAGCAAUGGCCACGACAGAAGGAGUUACGAUAGAGGAGCUCAGGACCGAGAUCGAAAGGCUUUCGCGAGAACUAGAUUUAGCUUCAACGGAGAAAAUACAAUCUGCUCAAUACGGUCUCGCUUUACUCGAAGAGAAGUCCACAUUGCAACAAAGAUGCAACGAUCUCGAGGCCCUCUACGAAAACACGAAACACGAGCUGGAAAUCACUCAAGAGGCUUUAGCAAAGUUUCAAACAACUACAAAAUUGACUACAAAGAGUGGCAUAGAACAAGAAGAGAGUCUUCUUAACGAAAGUGCUGCAAGAGAAACAUCUCUUCAAACACAGAUCAUCGAAUUAGAAAAUGAAACCAAGCAGUUACGUCAUGAACUUGAACGUGUACAAGCGGAACGCGAUCAUGCGUUACAAGAAAGGGAAGAGGUUGGAAAAGAUCACCAGCAAGCAGAAACUGAGAGAAAAUCUUUACGUACCAUGUUACGUGAAUGUAGAUUUCGGGAAGCUAGACUUCUUCAAGAUUACUCAGAAUUGGAAGAUGAGAAUAUUUCGUUACAGAAGCAAGUGUCUGGCUUAAGAUCCAGCCAAGUAGAAUUUGAAGGUGCCAAACAUGAGAUAAGAAGAUUAACAGAAGAAGUAGAACUUUUAAAUAGUCAGGUUGAAGAAUUAACAAAUUUAAAGAAUAUUGCUGAGAAACAAAUGGAAGAAGCGCUUGAAUCGUUGCAAGCUGAGCGUGAAGCAAAAUAUGCAUUAAAAAAGGAGCUGGAUCAAAGAAUUAAUAGCGAAUCAAUUUAUAAUCUUAGUAAUCUUGCUCUUUCUAUUAGAGGAAUUACAGAAGAUCAAACGAUAUGUAGCGACGGAGAAGACGAUUCCCCGGCAUUACGUAGAAUCGAAGCAGAUUUAAAGACUCAAGAACCUGGCACUUCUGCUACUGACAAACAAGUUGAUUUGUUCUCGGAGAUUCAUUUGAAUGAACUGAAGAAAUUAGAGAAACAGUUAGAACUAGCAGAAUCUGAGAAAGCUCAUCUUACGCAAAAUUUACGGGAAUCGCAAUAUGCCGUUGAAAAAAGUCAGAAUGAAUUGCAAUCUUUUGUUGCGCGCAUAGUGCAGUUAGCAGCCCAUGUGCAAUCAUUACACCAUCUUCACUCUAAACUGCCUGAGAAGCAAACUGAAGAAACAACAUUAGAUAAGUUGAACCAGGCAAUUAUGCAAUAUCACCAAUGGAGUGCUAUGUCCGCGCGAGAAGUGAAUCAGCUUCAAAAGGAUUUAGCUGAAUUAGAAAAUGGUUUAACUAUAUCUGACUCAACGCAACAAUUGCGAACAGAAUUAACGAACCUAAGAAACAAGAUCCCCGAGUCAGAGAAGAGCCUUCAAGAAAAGCUUUUAGAUACAGAACAAAGAAGCAUGCAACUUGAAUCUGACAUUGCUACACUUUCGAAAUUGGCAGUGGAAGCUGGUGGUUUCCUUGAUUCUGCACAAAAUGAUUUGCAAAAUAUUUCCGACGAGCUUGCUCAACUUUACCACCACGUGUGUACGGUUAACGGAGAAAUUCCUUCACGCGUGGUCCUAGAUCACGAGAAGAUCGUUCCUGAGAAGGAAGAUGAAAAUGAAAAGAUCGAAUGGUGUAGGACAUUGUUCAAGACCGACAUUCAGAUCAAAGAUUUGGAGAGCCUUAGCAAAUCCAAAGAAGUUGCAAAACAUAUAGAAACUGCAAUGGAUCAAAUAAAACAUCUUAGAAGUGCUGUGGAACACACGAUCGAACUUUCAAAGGUUAAAGGAAUGCAGUCGAACGUAUGCAAUGUUUGUGAAGGAUCAGUGAAUGAGAACAAGGCAGAGGUAGCUGACUUACAGGAACAAGUAAUUAGAUUGAAAGCGUUGUUAUCAGCUAAACGCGAACAAAUUGCUACUUUGAGAACAGUGCUGAAGUCAAAUAAAAAUACAGCUGAAGUAGCACUUACUAAUUUAAAGAGCAAGUAUGAAAACGAAAAGAGUAUCGUUAACGAAACUAUGUUGAGAUUACGGAAUGAGCUUAGAAUGUUGAAAGAGAAUGCUGCAACAUUUUCAAGUUUACGUGCGAUGUUUGCCGCACGUUGCGAGGAAUAUGUAACACAGGUGGACGAGUUACAACGUCAGCUUGCCGUGGCCGAAGACGAUAGAAAAACAUUGAAUCAACUUUUACGACUCGCGGUGCAACAGAAGCUUGGUUUGACCAUGAAAUUGGAAGAAUUAGAGGUUGAUCGGGAAUUACGAAAUACGCGAAGACACGCAGCCAGUGCAAAUGGACGAGGUAGAAUGCGAUUGUCGCAACAGACAAACCGUCCUCAUUUAGGCAGAGAUUUCUUCUAGAAAAUGGUGAAGAUGUGGAGCAAAUUGUUCUGAGAUAAACGAGGAUCUUGAACUUUUCAAUUUUUUACUGCUCAUCGUCGAACUACAUUCUACGUGAAAUCAUUUAACAUUACAUAUACUUUUUUCUUUUUUGGAUUAUUUUAUUUGGAGACGCAGAGAAGAGUAGUAAACAGAAACGUUCUUGCAAUACGUAGUAAAAAUAUUUUUACAAAAUUCAUACAAACGACGACCUUUUCCUAGGAAACAUUUUUGGCAUCGUGAAGGAUAUUUUUUGUUUGUUAAAGACGUAGAGCAGCUUUGAAAUGUUCAUAUUUUCUUGUAUUCGUAUUGCUCCAUAUCGUAGGGUUUAUAGAAAGCUCUGUCUUCUGUUACCAAUAUUGUUAGUAGAGAUGUUUGGCAAGCAUAGAAUGUAUUUCUGUUGCAAGAUUUUUUUCGUGAAACAUUCUGUGCUUGAAAAUUCAUUCAUGGAGAAUUAUUAUUGAAGAAAUUCUCCUGUGAAUGGGAAACUUAUCGAUAUCUAAUGAAUUGAUUUUUAAUCGAUUAAUCUUUCUUUUUUAAGAAAGAUAUCUUAAUUGUAUAUGUGUUUAUUUUUACAUUUUAAAAGUUUUUAUUCUUUUUGUAGUUAGGUUUUACAUCUUUCAGUAUGAUAAUUGUGUAUCAUCGUAACUACACAACUAAAUCCAUACGGAUGGUUCAUAUGGUUGUAGUAACUAUACGAAUUUUUUGUAUUAAUGGGGAUGCAUGAUAAAAUGAACGUAUAUUGUUUUUAGGUAAAAAAAAGGAAAAAAUGACGAGUUUGCAUUGCAUACCAUAGAGACAAUAUUAUUCUGCGCGAUUGUAGCGUUUAUAAUCAAAGUAGAACGAGUAGACGUAUAGCGUUGAAAGAUACAGAAUAGCAAAAUAACAGAAUUAGGGACCCAUCUCUAAGUAGCUCCUCUAACGAACAGAAUGGUUUUGUUUUUUUUUUACAGAGAAAUAUUGUUUUACCAUCUGCAUGUAUUCCAUUUUAUCAUUUUAUUCGAAUAGUUGUUUUAAAAGUAUUUAGUGAAUGGCAUUUUAACUGGUCUGGUAGAUUAUUGCAUAACAAUACUGUACCAUUUAGUUAUUCCUGAACAGGAGAAAAUCUUUUCUAGCGUCGAUUCAUGAAACUUGGCCUAAAUAGGCAUUAAUUCAAUUUUAUUGAAUUUGGCAGCUUUUUACUAUUAUAUUUAUAAUUAUUAGCAGUACAAUCAUAUUCUAU